AUGCACGGACCCGGCCGGGGCGGGACGAGCGCGGAGCCCCAGCCGGGCCGGGGCGGGACGAGCGCGGAGCCCCGGCCAGGGCAGGACGAGCGCGGAGCCCAGGGGCGGGACGAGCGCGGAGCCCCAGCCAGGCCGGGGCGGGACGAGCGCGGAGCCCGGGGCGGGACGAGCGCGGAGCCCCAGCCAGGCCGGGGCGGGACGAGCGCGGAGCCCCGGGGCGGGACGAGCGCGGAGCCCCAGCCAGGCCGGGGCGGGACGAGCGCGGAGCCCCGGGGCGGGACGAGCGCGGAGCCCCAGCCAGGCCGGGGCGGGACGAGCGCGGAGCCCCGGGGCGGGACGAGCGCGGAGCCCCAGCCAGGCCGGGGCGGGACGAGCGCGGAGCCCCAGCCGGGCCGGGGCGGGACGAGCGCGGAGCCCCGGCCCGGGCGCUGCGGGCCCCACCACGGCGCCCCCGGGCGAGGCCGCCUCCAGGACGGGUGGAAGCCCCCAGCCGCCCGGCUCGACGUCAUCAGGACGGGUGGAAGCCCCCAGCCGCCCGGCUCGACGUCAUCAGGACGGGUGGAAGCCCCCAGCCGCCCGGCUCGACGUCAUCAGGACGGGUGGAAGCCCCCAGCCGCCCGGCUCGACGUCAUCAGGACGGGUGGAAGCCCCCAGCCGCCCGGCUCGACGUCAUCAGGACGGGUGGAAGCCCCCCAGCCGCCCGGCUCGACGUCACCAGCGGCUCCAGCGUCGGAUCUUCAUUUCGUCCUGUUUGAUUUUCUUCCUGCGUAA